AUGCAGCUCUCCAAACUCUUUCUCUGCUGCCUGGUGUGGGAGGCUCGCGGCGCUGAUCUUCUCUGCCAGGACGCUGAGCCUCAAGCUCCGCGGGACGUAAGUCCGGGCUACAUUGGCGAGAGGAUCACGAGGUACGAACCCUAUGGCUCCGAUCAGAUCGACAGGUUCGAGCAAGUGAACAUCCACUGGCAUCUGGGGGCGGAGCACCGCAUGGAGAACGCGUAUGACAGGCGGUCUCCAGAGUGGGCGAGCUACGUUACCGUGCCGGAUGAGAACAACGUUUCCCAGCCGGUGGUCCCUGGCUUGUGGUGCCCCACAGACGGUAUCGACGACGCCAAGCUGGACGAAUCCUCCUUCAGCUUCACCUACUGCAAAGCUGCACAAGUCGGUGGCACGUACGAGUUCCACUGGGUCUUCUCUACUGGAGGACCGGGCAAGCUGCAGGAGGAUGGUAGCGAGGGGGAGCUGGGCAUCACGGCCGGCUUGGGCGGCGCCUUCACGCGCACCAACAACGCAGAUGUCAUCGUCCGGGCGCAGGUCUGCCUCAUCGUCAACGACCCUUCGCUGAACGAUUACGUGGAUGCCAAAAACCGGACAUUCCUGGAGCAGUGGCAGCAACCUCCUGCCGGCUCCGCUGUGCGGUACGUGGGCUCCACCACUGGCCCCUCUUACGACGACGAGGUCUGCUCGCCUGUGGAGGUGAACUGGCACGUGGACCAAAGGUGCUGCAUCUUGUCCGCUCAGGCCAUGGACAACCUCUGCAAGGACAUGAUAGAUGCUGGGCUGGAGGCCGACGUCUCCCCGAAGGGCUCACGCCGGCCCGUGGACCGACGCUGGGUCUCGGAUGUGACCUUCCCGCUGGUCCCGCAGGGUGCCGGCAUCGUGCAGCAGGGAUCUCGCCAGGCUUGGCAGUGGACCCAAGUCCAGCCGGCUUGCCGCGAGUCCUGCUCCGCAGGAGUGCAUGGCGCCUCGCCGGCCGGGCUCACGGGCAGAGAUCAGCCUGUCCAUACGGUGUCCAGUGCGCUGAUGCCGAUGGCUAUGAUGAAGCGCCUGGUCGCGGUCGUCUCAGCUGCGGCUGCGGACUGCCGGCAGGAAGAUUGUCCGUUGGAAGUUGAGGAUGCCUCCCUGAUGCAAGACGUGCCCUCAAGGUCCUCGGUAGAGGAGGCAGAUCGCAUCGAUGGAUCUUGGAAUAAGUGGCAGCGGCAGCAGUGGGGCUGGAAGCGCCACUGGUGGUCGCGUGGACGCCAGGGCUACUACAGCUACGGCAGCUACGGAGGGAAUCCCACCACAAGGACAACGACCGAGCCGUCACCGCCGCCUGCGGGAAAGGUUUUGCUUUGUGAGGAUGCAGAGCCACAGUCCCCACGAGAUCUCACUCCUACGUUCGUGGGUGGCCUGGAGGCCCGGGUGCGUCCCUUGGACGGCGACGCCACCCCACGUUUCAUCCAGGCCAAUCUCCACUUCCACCUCGGCGCCGAGCACAAAAGCAAUAUCACCAACGGCUACUUCCAAAGCGCCGAGGACGUUGGACUCGCAACUCCUCUGGUGCGCCCGGCAUCGUCCCCGGACAUCCGUGCAGGCUUCUUCUGCGGCCUGGAUGAUGUGAGCAGCGACGAUCGGGACUCCUACAACUUCGUGCACUGCAAUGGGGUCAGUGUGAACUACACCUACGAGUUCCACUGGGUGUACUCCACGGGUGCGCCGCUCGUCGGUCUCCGUGACGAAGGGGCCGAAGGUGAGCUGGGAAUCACGGACGGUCUGGCAGGCGCCGCUGCCCGCACGAUCAACCCAAAGGUGAUCGUCCGGGGUCAAGUCUGCCGGAUCAUCUACAACAAGAGCCUGACGGACGUGGACGCAGACUAUGAUAACUUCCUUCAAAAGUGGCGCCAGCCGCCAGAGACACGGGGAGUCCGCUACCUCGGCUCCACCACGGGCACGGACUUCAACAACUCGGUCUGCUCGCCUCUGGAGGUGAACUGGCAUGUAGACACGGAGUGCUGCACUCUCUCCGCGCAGACCUUCGACAGGCUCUGCCUUGAGAUGAGUCGCCAAGGCUUGGAGAAGGACCUUGCACCGAAGCCAUCUCGGGAACUGGCGUCCUAUAAUGCAGCCCUUGAUGAACCAACCAUUGAGUUCGCGACGGGCCACGAGCCUGGGAUCUCGCCAGGCUUGGCAGUGGACCCAAGUCCAGCCGGGCUUGCCGCGAGUCCUUCUCCGCAGGGCGAAAAGGUUACGUGGAAGCAGCCAGCAGCUCUGCGUCGUGAGGGAGUGAAUGCCCCGGAUGCGCGGCAGGUCUGCCCGCUGUUGACCUCAAUUCAGAUUCUAGGGAGGGAGAAAGAGGCAAAGACCAGUGCGCUCGGCUCCUCUGCUCUCAUCCUCUCUCCGGAGUGCAACAGGGGCCAACAGAGGGCAACGAAUCCUGAUGGGGACUGCACGCAGUGCCAGGUCGAGGACUCCGCAUUGAUGCAGCUCUUGAGCAACUCUACCGAGACAUCCAACGAGACGGCAAAGAUUUUGCUUUGUGAGGAUGCAGAGCCACAGUCCCCACGAGAUGUCACUCCUGGCUUUCGGGGUGGCCUGGAGGCCCGGGUACGUCCCUUGGACGGCGACGCCACCCCACGUUUCAUCCAGGCGAACCUCCACUUCCACCUCGGCGCCGAGCACAAGAGUGAGGUCCCGAACGGUUACUUCCGCAGCGCCGAGGACGUUGGGCUCGCAACUCCUCUGGUGCGCCCGGCAUCGUCCCCGGACAUCCGUGCAGGCUUCUUCUGCGGCCUGGAUGAUGUGAGCAGCGACGAUCGGGACUCCUACAACUUCACAUUUUGUAAGGGUGUCAGUGUGAACUACACCUACGAGUUCCACUGGGUGUACUCCACGGGUGCGCCGCUCGUCGGUCUCCGUGACGAAGGGGCCGAAGGUGAGCUGGGAAUCACGGACGGUCUGGCAGGUGCCGCGAACCGCACGAUCAACCCAAAGGUGAUCGUCCGGGGUCAAGUCUGCCGGAUCAUCUACGACAAGAGCUUGACGGACGUAGACGCAGACUAUGAUAACUUCCUUCAACAGUGGCGCCAGCCACCCUUGGGGAGGGCCGUGCGCUACAUCGGCUCCACGACGGGCACGGACUUCAACAACUCGGUCUGCUCGCCUCUGGAGGUGAACUGGCAUGUAGACACGGAGUGCUGCACACUCUCUGCGCAGACCUUCGACAGGCUGUGCGAAGAGAUGGAAGGCUGGGGUUCUCUGGAUAGACAGGGUCUCUCCAAGGACCUUUCGCCCAAGCCUUCGCGAAUACUCGCCGUCAGUCAGGAGAUCUCGGCCGGAGUAACCUUCCCACUGAAAUUCACCACCUUGAAGCUUGACGUUGAAGCACGGAAGCACGACGCUGAGCCUCAAGCUCCGCGGGACGUAAGUCCGGGCUACAUUGGCGAGAGGAUCACGAGGUACGAACCCUAUGGCUCCGAUCAGAUCGACAGGUUCGAGCAAGUGAACAUCCACUGGCAUCUGGGGGCGGAGCACCGCAUGGAGAACGCGUAUGACAGGCGGUCUCCAGAGUGGGCGAGCUACGUUACCGUGCCGGAUGAGAACAACGUUUCCCAGCCGGUGGUCCCUGGCUUGUGGUGCCCCACAGACGGUAUCGACGACGCCAAGCUGGACGAAUCCUCCUUCAGCUUCACCUACUGCAAAGCUGCACAAGUCGGUGGCACGUACGAGUUCCACUGGGUCUUCUCUACUGGAGGACCGGGCAAGCUGCAGGAGGAUGGUAGCGAGGGGGAGCUGGGCAUCACGGCCGGCUUGGGCGGCGCCUUCACGCGCACCAACAACGCAGAUGUCAUCGUCCGGGCGCAGAACGAUUACGUGGAUGCCCAAAACCGGACAUUCCUGGAGCAGUGGCAGCAACCUCCUGCCGGCUCCGCUGUCCGGUACGUGGGCUCCACCACUGGCCCCUCUUACGACGACGAGGUCUGCUCGCCGGUGGAGGUGAACUGGCACGUGGACCAAAGGUGCUGCAUCUUGUCCGCUCAGGCCAUGGACAACCUCUGCAAGGACAUGAUAGAUGCUGGGCUGGAGGCCGACGUCUCCCCGAAGGGCUCACGCCGGCCCGUGGACCGACGCUGGGUCUCGGAUGUGACCUUCCCGCUGGUCCCGCAGGGUGCCGGCAUCGUGCAGCAGGGAUCUCGCCAGGCUUGGCAGUGGACCCAAGUCCAGCCGGACUGCCGGCAGGAAGAUUGUCCGUUGGAAGUUGAGGAUGCCUCCCUGAUGCAAGACGCGCCCUCAAGGUCCUCGGUAGAGGAGGCAGAUCGCAUCGAUGGAUCUUGGAAUAAGUGGCAGCGGCAGCAGUGGGGCUGGAAGCGCCACUGGUGGUCGCGUGGACGCCAGGGCUACUACAGCUACGGCAGCUACGGAGGGAAUCCCACCACAAGGACAACGACCGAGCCGUCACCGCCGCCUGCGGGAAAGGUUUUGCUUUGUGAGGAUGCAGAGCCACAGUCCCCACGAGAUCUCACUCCUACGUUCGUGGGUGGCCUGGAGGCCCGGGUGCGUCCCUUGGACGGCGACGCCACCCCACGUUUCAUCCAGGCCAAUCUCCACUUCCACCUCGGCGCCGAGCACAAAAGCAAUAUCACCAACGGCUACUUCCAAAGCGCCGAGGACGUUGGACUCGCAACUCCUCUGGUGCGCCCGGCAUCGUCCCCGGACAUCCGUGCAGGCUUCUUCUGCGGCCUGGAUGAUGUGAGCAGCGACGAUCGGGACUCCUACAACUUCGUGCACUGCAAUGGGGUCAGUGUGAACUACACCUACGAGUUCCACUGGGUGUACUCCACGGGUGCGCCGCUCGUCGGUCUCCGUGACGAAGGGGCCGAAGGUGAGCUGGGAAUCACGGACGGUCUGGCAGGCGCCGCUGCCCGCACGAUCAACCCAAAGGUGAUCGUCCGGGGUCAAGUCUGCCGGAUCAUCUACAACAAGAGCCUGACGGACGUGGACGCAGACUAUGAUAACUUCCUUCAAAAGUGGCGCCAGCCGCCAGAGACACGGGGAGUCCGCUACCUCGGCUCCACCACGGGCACGGACUUCAACAACUCGGUCUGCUCGCCUCUGGAGGUGAACUGGCAUGUAGACACGGAGUGCUGCACUCUCUCCGCGCAGACCUUCGACAGGCUCUGCCUUGAGAUGAGUCGCCAAGGCUUGGAGAAGGACCUUGCACCGAAGCCAUCUCGGGAACUGGCGUCCUAUAAUGCAGCCCUUGAUGAACCAACCAUUGAGUUCGCGACGGGCCACGAGCCUGGGAUCUCGCCAGGCUUGGCAGUGGACCCAAGUCCAGCCGGGCUUGCCGCGAGUCCUUCUCCGCAGGGCGAAAAGGUUACGUGGAAGCAGCCAGCAGCUCUGCGUCGUGAGGGAGUGAAUGCCCCGGAUGCGCGGCAGGUCUGCCCGCUGUUGACCUCAAUUCAGAUUCUAGGGAGGGAGAAAGAGGCAAAGACCAGUGCGCUCGGCUCCUCUGCUCUCAUCCUCUCUCCGGAGUGCAACAGGGGCCAACAGAGGGCAACGAAUCCUGAUGGGGACUGCACGCAGUGCCAGGUCGAGGACUCCGCAUUGAUGCAGCUCUUGAGCAACUCUACCGAGACAUCCAACGAGACGGCAAAGAUUUUGCUUUGUGAGGAUGCAGAGCCACAGUCCCCACGAGAUGUCACUCCUGGCUUUCGGGGUGGCCUGGAGGCCCGGGUACGUCCCUUGGACGGCGACGCCACCCCACGUUUCAUCCAGGCGAACCUCCACUUCCACCUCGGCGCCGAGCACAAGAGUGAGGUCCCGAACGGUUACUUCCGCAGCGCCGAGGACGUUGGGCUCGCAACUCCUCUGGUGCGCCCGGCAUCGUCCCCGGACAUCCGUGCAGGCUUCUUCUGCGGCCUGGAUGAUGUGAGCAGCGACGAUCGGGACUUCUACAACUUCACAUUUUGUAAGGGUGUCAGUGUGAACUACACCUACGAGUUCCACUGGGUGUACUCCACGGGUGCGCCGCUCGUCGGUCUCCGUGACGAAGGGGCCGAAGGUGAGCUGGGAAUCACGGACGGUCUGGCAGGUGCCGCGAACCGCACGAUCAACCCAAAGGUGAUCGUCCGGGGUCAAGUCUGCCGGAUCAUCUACGACAAGAGCUUGACGGACGUAGACGCAGACUAUGAUAACUUCCUUCAACAGUGGCGCCAGCCACCCUUGGGGAGGGCCGUGCGCUACAUCGGCUCCACGACGGGCACGGACUUCAACAACUCGGUCUGCUCGCCUCUGGAGGUGAACUGGCAUGUAGACACGGGGUGCUGCACACUCUCUGCGCAGACCUUCGACAGGCUGUGCGAAAAGAUGGAAGGCUGGGGUUCUCUGGAUAGACAGGGUCUCUCCAAGGACCUUUCGCCCAAGCCUUCGCGAAUACUCGCCGUCAGUCAGGAGAUCUCGGCCGGAGUAACCUUCCCACUGAAAUUCACCACCUUGAAGCUUGACGUUGAAGCACGGAAGCACGACGCUGAGCCUCAAGCUCCGCGGGACGUAAGUCCGGGCUACAUUGGCGAGAGGAUCACGAGGUACGAACCCUAUGGCUCCGAUCAGAUCGACAGGUUCGAGCAAGUGAACAUCCACUGGCAUCUGGGGGCGGAGCACCGCAUGGAGAACGCGUAUGACAGGCGGUCUCCAGAGUGGGCGAGCUACGUUACCGUGCCGGAUGAGAACAACGUUUCCCAGCCGGUGGUCCCUGGCUUGUGGUGCCCCACAGACGGUAUCGACGACGCCAAGCUGGACGAAUCCUCCUUCAGCUUCACCUACUGCAAAGCUGCACAAGUCGGUGGCACGUACGAGUUCCACUGGGUCUUCUCUACUGGAGGACCGGGCAAGCUGCAGGAGGAUGGUAGCGAGGGGGAGCUGGGCAUCACGGCCGGCUUGGGCGGCGCCUUCACGCGCACCAACAACGCAGAUGUCAUCGUCCGGGCGCAGAUCUGCCUCAUCGUCAACGACCCUUCGCUGAACGAUUACGUGGAUGCCCAAAACCGGACAUUCCUGGAGCAGUGGCAGCAACCUCCUGCCGGCUCCGCUGUGCGGUACGUGGGCUCCACCACUGGCCCCUCUUACGACGACGAGGUCUGCUCGCCUGUGGAGGUGAACUGGCACGUGGACCAAAGGUGCUGCAUCUUGUCCGCUCAGGCCAUGGACAACCUCUGCAAGGACAUGAUAGAUGCUGGGCUGGAGGCCGACGUCUCCCCGAAGGGCUCACGCCGGCCCGUGGACCGACGCUGGGUCUCGGAUGUGACCUUCCCGCUGGUCCCGCAGGGUGCCGGCAUCGUGCAGCAGCGCUAG